UGAGUUUUGCACAUUAAAUAUCGUGAAAUUCUCUAAUUUUAAAAAUAUUUUUGAAUUAUUAAAUUUUAAAAACGAAAAAUGAAGAUUUUUUUCGUAUUUUCAUUAAUUUUAAUAAUUUCGAUUCUACAUGAAUCCGAUGCAAGACCAAAUAAAUUUUCAAAACAUUUAAAAAGUCUUCAUGAUCCUGAUUCAAAAUCUUCAGAGAGUAUUGAAAAUCGUAUUACUGAAAUUGAAAACAAAAAAACAAGUCAAUCUAGUGAAUCGAGUAGUAGUUCAGAUGAAUCCAAGAAUAAAAUAGAAUCAAAAAAUGUUAUUCCAAUAAAUAAUGAUGAAAAAAAUGAUAUUCUGUCAAGUAAUUCUGAAAUAAAAAAGAAUGAAUCGGAUUCUUCAAAUAGUAAAUCAAUUGAAAGUAAUGAAUCUUUAAGUAACAGUAAUGAAAAAAUAUCAACAACAACAACUGCAACAACAGAAAGACCAAUUCAUUUAAAUUCAAGUGAAGUAAUCGAUAAUAAUUCAGAUACUACAACACAGGAAUCAAUUAUAGAAUCUACUGUUGAGAAUCAUACAGAUGAAAUAACAAAAACUAAUGAAAAUCCAAUAAAAUCACGUAAACAUUCUAGUGAAUCAAAUGAAAGUAAUGAAUCAGAUAAUAGCAGUGAAGAAAUCGUUUCAACAACUAUUACAGUGCAAGAAAAUCCGACUGAAAAUAGUGAAAGAAAUUCAGAAACAACACAGGGUUCAAUUAAUGAAAGUACAAUUAGUAAUCAAUUAACGGAAACGACCAUAAAAACUGUAACAAAUACAAAUAAAUCUAGUGAAUCAAAAGAAAGUAUUGAAUCAAAAGAGAGUAGUGAAGAAAUUGUUACUACAAUUGCAAAUAUAAAAGUCACCAAUUCUGAUGAUAAUCUUAAUUCAAAUGUGACAAAAGGUGAUGAUAACAAUAUAAAUUUAAUUGUUACGACGAUUUCACCAGAAUCUAACACUAACACUGAAUCAAUUGACAUCGCUUCAAAUGAUCUUUUAAUUUUAGAAAAUGUUGGGGCUGAAAUCUUUUAAAAUCAUUUAUUAUGUUAUUUUAACUUAAACCAUUCAUUUGAAAUGUGUAUUUUGUAAUUUGAAGAUUAUAUAAAAUUAUUUUAGAAUAAAUGCAUGUAUAAAAAAAAAUAACUAUAUAAGUUUUUCGACAAAUAUGUAAU